GAAGCAGUGAGAGCCGCAGAAGAAGAAGCUAGCCUCGCUGUGUUAGCCUGAGGCAGAAGUAAAGCUACCUCUUCAGGUCACCGGAGCAGUGAACGGGAACUGACAGACGUGAAGCUGGUGUCGACGGUCCUGAGAGAUGGACGACCCCGCAGCCAAUCAGAGCCACGCGCCCUGCCGGUGGGCGGGGCCGAACGGCUGGUCGGCGGCUCCGCCCGGCCAGAGCUCCUCCUACGGCCACCCGUCCUCUCAGAGCUACGCGAACGGCCUCGGCGCCCCGCCGCACCACGCCCUCCACGGCGGCCACGCCCCGCCGCCGCACCACGCCCUCCAUGGCGGCCACGCCCCGCCAGCCGCCUCCCCGUUCCACAGCACCGCUCUCUUCGGGGCGGCCCAGAUGGGUUCCUUCGGCCGGCAGAGCGCCCACUCUUCCUCGGCGCCCCGGCCAAGCCAGGGUUUCCAGCACGCAUCAUUUCAAGCCCCAACAGCCAAUCAGAGUGCAGCGGGCGGGCCUGGGGGCCGGCCGUCCUGCAGACAGAGUGAACCUCCUGGGUGGAGCCCUCCAGCGUCCUGCAGGGCAGCUGGAAACGAGUCGCUCCCUGACGGGACCUUUGACCCCCGGGGGGAGGAACAGCCUGACCCGGCGGAGCUGGAUGGAGGACGGCGCUCCUCCCUCAUCCUCCAGCGCGAACAGCUUCUGCAGAGACUGGCGGAGAUAGAGAAAGUUCUGGAAGCGUUGCCUCCAGAAGACGGCGGAGACGAGAAGCCUCCACACACACCGCCUCAGCCUCGUCUUCUGGCAGAGUGUCCGCCGCCUGCCGUGGAUGAGGCCCGGGAGGACCAGCAGGCGCCAGCAGGGCCCGGGGGAAAAGAGGAUUCCGCCAUUAAAUCAGAAGAGGACAAUUACCCAGAGUUCCUUCCUGACAGUGACGAUGACUUGCCCGGUUUCAAGUCGGACAGCGACUGUUCCUCCAGUGGGCAGAGUGACGGCAGACCCUCCAGCCCCAUGGACACCAAACCUGCUCCAGAGACGAGCCCGAGUCCCAGCAGCCCCCCUCAGACCCAGCCGGGCGGUCCUGUGCUGCAGAAGACUCCGGGCUCCGGCGGCCGGCUGAAGGCCUCAGAAACCGUGGUCCAGCCGUUGCAGACUUCUGCCACAAAACGCUCCCAGAAGAAGAACUUCUGCCUGUUUUGCAGAAAGCCGAUGAUCAAGAUGUCGCGUCACCUGGAGCGAGCGCACAGCGACAAGGUGGAGGUGGCCGCCGCCUUCCAGCACCCCAAGAACUCCCCGGAGAGGACGAAGGUCUGGUACAAGCUCAUCAACCAGGGCAACUUCCUGCACAACAAAGAGGUGCUGAAGACGGGGAAGGGGGAGCUGGUGGUGAGGAAACGACCCCGGAGGGUGGUCCAGGGCACGGCCUUCCUGCACUGCCCGCACUGCCACGGCCUCUUCCUCAAGAAGUUCCUGUUCCGCCACAUGAAGAACUGCCCUCAGCGGGAGAGGAGCGCCGGCGAGCGACGCUGCGGCAGGAAGCGCAUCGCGUCGCGGUGCGCCCUGCAGACCGUGGCCGACCUGGACGCCAGCGACAGCGUCCGGGAGAUCCUGGGCCAGAUGGUGUACGACCAGGUGACGCAGACCAUCAUGGAGGACCGGGUCCUCCUGCAGUUCGCGCAGCAGAUGUUCGACCAGUACGGCUCCAACGCCAACAGGCACGGCUACGUCCGGCAGAACCUGCGCCAGGUGGCCCGGCUGCUCAUGGAGGCCCAGAAGACCACCCCCAUGAAGACCCUGGAGGACUUCUUCCACCCCUCCAACUUCGCCCACGUGGUGUCCGCCGUCAACAGCCUGGCGGGCUACGACCCGGACCGGAAGAGCUACGGCGUUCCGUCGCUGGCCCUGAAGCUGGGCUACCUCCUGCAGAAGACCUGCGGCAUCGUGGAGGCCAACGCCCGGCAGCGCGGCGACGCCCGGCUGGCCCAGGCCGCCAAGACCUUCCUGUCCGAGUACCAGAAGAAGUGGACCAAGCUGAUCUCCUCCAGCGCGCUGACGUCCCUCAGAGACAUCAAGUCGCAGUCGGACGCGCAGGUGCCGCUCGCUCGGGACGUCAAGCGCCUGCACUUCCACCUGGAGAACGUCCACCCGCCGGCCGAGAGGAACCUCAGAGACCGCUGCUCCGUGGAGAACUACACCGGUCUGUGUAAGGUGACUCUGGCUCGGAUAAUCCUGUUCAAUCGGAGAAAACCCAAAGAAGUGUCGCACCUCACACUGCAAGACUUUACGUCCCGGAAGAUGUCCGGCGCGCUGGACGACCUGGACGAUUCCAUCUCGCAUCUGGAGAGAACCCUGUGCGGGUUCUUCGCGAGAAUCGACAUCCGGUCGAGCUCUGGGAGGAUGGUUCCGGUUCUGCUCAAGCCCUCCUUCGUGUCGGCUGUGGAGCUUCUGGUCAGCAGUCGCAGUUCGUGCGGCGUCCCUGAAGACAACCCCUUCCUGUUCGCGCGGCCGCUGGCGCUGACGCCCUACAAGGGGUCCGAGUGCGUCCUGGCCUCGGUCAGAGAGUGUGGCGCUGAGAACCCCGAGGCGUUGUGCUCGGCCACCAUCAGGAAGCACUUCGCGGCCAUGCUCCAGCUGAUGAACCUGGACGAACCGGAGGCCCACCAGAUAUUCGGCCCCAACAACGACGUGCAGAUCCUGCGACAGGACAACAACGCCACCCUGGAGGACCUGAAGACCGAGUCUCCAGCGAGGCUGCAGGCCGGGAAGGAACGCAGAACUGCCGGCCGGACCGGCAGCGGCGCGGCGUCCAGAGGUCAGCGGUCUGGAGGAGCAGCCGGCAGCUCCAGCGCGACUCGACGCACCACGUCUUCCCGGUCUCGGAGAGAAGCGUCCCAGCACAAGCCCAAGCAGAAGUGGCAGCAGGAGGAGGUCGGCGCCGUGGAGAGGCACCUGCUGCGCUUCAUCAAGGAGCACCGGGUGCCGCAGAAAGACCACUGCAUGCAGUGCCUGCAGGCCGAGCCCCGGGCGCUGCGGGGACGCACCUGGAGGGGCGUCAAGGACUACGUCCGCAACCGGAUCACCACCCUGAAGAGGCAGAAGGGCUCCUCGGCCUCGCUGUGGAAGAACCGCUACCAGCCCGACGAGGAGGAGGAGGAGGAGGAGGAAGAGGAGGAGGAAGAGGAGGAGGACUGAGAGCCGGGCGCUGAAGGCCGUCUCAGCAGCUGCAGAUGGGAUUUCUCAUCAGUACACAUCUUUAACCGCUUCUUGUUCACCCUGCCUUGGCGUUGACACUUUGACGUGUUCUUCUUGUCUCGGACGGCGCUGCGUCUCCUCGUGUUGCUCAGCUUUCAGCUCGUUCCGGUCCAGGCUUGGCUGCUUUCCUGUUUGGUUCCUAGAAAAUAAACUUUGG